UCCCCUCAAUAUUUAUGUAACCCCAACCAUCAUUAUUAAGUAGCUCGUACAGAAACCGUGAUCUCUCUGUCUCUCUCACCCACACAACUGCAAAUAGAAAUAAUUCUUGUAAUAAGGCAAAGGCUCUUGUUCUACAAUACGGGGCGAGGAGUUUUGAAGUGGCUAAUGCUCUGAAAGGACAUGGAAAAGGAAGCGAAGAAGGAAGCUUUUAGAAAGUACCUUGAAUCCAGUGGAGUUCUUGAUGCUCUAACAAAAGUUCUUGUCGCACUGUACGAGCAGAAUGACAAACCUUCUUCAGCUACUGAGUUCAUCCAGCAAAAACUAGGAGGUCCAACCCUGUCGGAAUAUGAAAAGCUGCAAACUGAAUUAUCUGAUCUACAAAUACGAUAUAAUGAGCUUUUGGCUGCACAUCAAGAGAAGUCCCGAGAGUACGAGGAACUCAAAAACACUCACAUCCAAGCAUCAAUGAACGAGAGCGCGGAGGAUGCCCAAAGUGGUAAACCAACUUAAUUUCAUGUUACCAUAGAAAACGUAGCAGCUAUUCUUAAUGUGUUUGUUGUGUUGAUUUAAAUGUCUUCUCAACUCAUGGCCUUUUUAACAUGAUAGUCCGUAUAUAUCGAUCAAAUUCCCCUUGGAGCUGAGCUAGACUUGGAAUGAGGGGAAUUUGAGCAACGCUGUAUGUAUUCCAUAUUCUAACAUCAUAGGGAACACCAUUGUAAUAACAUGUUGCUAGCUGUUAGUACAAUAUCUGCUCUUUUUCCUUAGAUA